GACCAGCUGACCCGAAAGUUUUUCCAGACUCAGGUUUUAUUUUCGCUGUCCACAUCUCGCUGCGUGUAAAAACACAAAAAUAAAUCCACCGAAAUGGCUCUGCACUCGGCAAUCAAGGGGAAACUGAUUAGCGUAAUUGGCGACGAGGACACCUGCGUGGGAUUCCUGCUUGGAGGCGUGGGCGAGAUCAACAAAAAUCGCCACCCGAACUUCAUGGUAGUCGACAAAAACACGGCCGUCAGCGAGCUGGAGGACUGUUUCAAGCGAUUCUUGAAGCGGGAUGACAUCGACAUUAUCCUCAUUAACCAGAACUGCGCGGAACUCAUCCGCCAUGUAAUCGAUGCCCACACGUCACCGGUGCCAGCGGUUCUCGAGAUUCCCUCGAAGGAUCACCCAUACGAUGCCAGCAAGGACUCCAUAUUGCGUCGCGCCCGUGGAAUGUUUAAUCCUGAGGAUCUAGUGCGCUAAUUCCCAAAACAAUGUUUUGUAUUGCUGCAAACCGUCAGAGUAUUGCUAAAAACCGCUGUAAACAACUAUCUACAGAUUCUGCGCUUCGCCUUUGUUCUUAUUGUGUAUUUAAAGACAUUUAUUAAAUGGUUUUCGUUGUAUAAAUAGAUAA